AUGCCUGCGGGUCGCCGCUCUGGCCGUGCCGCUGCCAAGCGGGCGGCAGCUGCUCUAGAGAGCACCCCCCGAGGUUUCGCAGACGUCGAGGACGAGCCGAUGCCCGACGCCGACAUUACUGAAAUGUCAGAGCUUGCCAACCAGGACGACGAAAAUGACGAAGAUCAUGAGGAGCCUCCGGAGGAAGAGCCAGAAGACGACGACAACGAAGAAGUCGCUGCUGAAGAAGAGACCAAAGAGGAGCCAUCAGACAAGGAGCCAACCCCGCCUGCUCCUCCCGUCUUCAGAAGAAAGCGUCUAGGACGUCCGCCGAAGAACAAGCCCCCAGGCUGGGAUAACAUGAUUACCAUCACCGAAGAGGAGGCCAACAUGCCGCGCCGCCGUGGACGUGGCGGCUGGCGAGGCCGUGGUGGUCGUAAGGGCGGUGCGCCGCCUCCCAAGGCGGAGCAGGUCAUUGACGCCGAGGGCACCAUUGCCGAGAUUGCCCACGACGAGUGCGUUCUGGCCGAAGACGCCGACGGCGAGGCCAAGGUUGACAAGCUAGGUAACCUUCAGGGUGACCGCGACUACCGGUGCCGCACCUUCACGGUGCUGGGCCGUGGCAACCGCCUGUACAUGCUGUCAACGGAGCCCGCGCGCUGCGUGGGCUUCCGUGACAGCUACCUCUUCUUCACCAAGCACCGCAAGCUGUACAAGAUCAUCGUCGACGACGAUGAGAAGCGCGACAUGAUUGAGCGCGAAAUCAUACCCCACUCGUACAAGGGCCGCUCCAUAGGCAUCGUGACGGCGCGGUCCGUGUUCCGCGAGUUUGGUGCGCGCAUCGUGGUCGGCGGCAAGCGCGUUAUCGACGACUACGACGUCGCCGGGGCCAAGGCCGCCGGCGUGGUCGAGGGUGAGCUUGCGGACCCCAACGACCGCAUCAUCCCUGGCGAGGCGUACAACAAGAACCAGUAUGUGGCAUGGCACGGCGCCAGUGCCGUCUACCACACCAACGUGCCGUCGGUGCCGGACCCCACGGGCAAGCCGGAAUAUAGAAAGCGUCGGGUCAAUGUCAAUGACACCAACUGGAUGCUGGAGCACGCUCGAGAAGCAAGUACAUUCAACGCCAACAUCAACGCCAUCAGAAGGCACAAUAAUGGAGGCGUCUACGAUAUCCACACCAACGUGAUGCAGUAUCCCGUGUCCAUGCAGCCCACGCGCGCGCGCAUCGAGCAAAUAUCGCCCGACCAGGAAGAGGCCACGGCCGCCGCCGCCGGUCCGCGCUUCCCCGCCGUCCCCUACAAGGUGGCGCGCAACUUUCUCGUCGCCGACACCGUCAUGGACAGCCCCGCCGGCUUGCACUCCACGGCCGCUGCCGACUACGACCGCGCAAAGGACCCGACGGGCUACCUCGCCGCCUAUGAAGGCCUCGCCGCCGUGCCCGAGGACGUCCGCGACCUGCUGCCGCCCACGUGCCGCGCCGCGUUUGACAGCGUCCUGGCCAAGGAGGCGGCGUGGAGGAGCCAGUGGGGCCCCGAGAAUGAGCAGGGCGCGCGCCGGUGGCCCAUUAUUGACAAGGCGAUUGUCCCGUAUAGCAUGACGUCUUAG